GUGGGGUUGAGGUAUCUAAGGCUUUCACAAAAAUAUUUCAGAAUCGAUACCCAAAAGAUUUGCAAACUGAUCAGGGAAAAGAAUUUUACAAUAUUGAGGUGCAAAGAGUCUUGAGGAAAUAUGGUAUUAAUCAUUAUUCGUCACACUCGAUAAUAAAAAGAGAACGAUUCAAUCGUACAUUAAAGAACAAUAUGUGGAAAAUGUUUACAUAAUGGAUCGUACAAAUGGCUCAAUGCGCUACCGUGAUUGCUAGAAGAAUAUAAUAUGAGAAAGCAUAGAACCAUAGGUAUGCGACCGCGUGACGUAAAAUCUACGAACGUUGCACAACUCUUGGACACUGUGUAUAGUAACAUCAAGAUUGCUGGUUCAACACGAUUCAAGGUUGGCGAUCACGUGCGUGUGAGCAAAUUUAAAACUGUUUUCGAAAAAGGCUAUACGCCGAACUCGACUACAGAGGUGUUCAAGAUAAUCAAAGUGCAAGCAACUAAUCCAGCAACUUAUUUGCUGCAAGAUUCCUGUGGAAGACCUAUUGCCGGCGGAUUUUACGAGUAUAAAUUGCAUCGCGUUGCCGAUCCAGACGUAUAUCUAGUAGAAAAAGUGUUGCGUAAAAAGGCGGAUAAGGUCUAUGUGAAAUGGCUAGGAUUGAAUAAUACACAUAAUUCGUGGAUAAACAAAAAUAAUGUAUUGUAAAAAAGUAACAUUUUUUUCAAGAAAAAAUAAAUUAUAUAAUAUUUACAACGGUAUUCGAUAAUGUCCCCAAGGUAGUGUACGUGUGGAAUUAGGUAUAAUAUAUCGCUUGUCGUCAUAUGGGCUUAGAGCAAGUUUUCUUUCUGUCAUGGUAUAGACGUUAUGCAAUUUCGAAGUUAUUCGAGACUGUUCACACGUCAUUUCAAUUUCACUGCACAAACAUUGAAUAUAAUCAUCGAACA